AUCUAUUGCCACUUCUACUUUCAUAAAUUGCUCACAACUUAAUGAGGAGGUUUUCGAUAUGGGAAGGAGAAAAUACAACAAAAAUCAGCUUCUCAAUUUUUUUGGUGAUUAUCGUCCACAUCAUCAUCAUUUCCACCGUUCUUCAACACGAAAAAAUCGCCUUCCUUCUCGUAUAGCUGAAGAUCUUGAAUUAGCUUUAUCCUCCAUGAAUUUAAUAGAAAGAGAAGAAAUUAAUAAUCGGAGAUUAUUUGGAAAAACAAAGGAAGAAAAUGAGGAGAAAGAUGAUGAUGGUUUAAUUGUUGCAAGUAUUAGUACAUUAUCUAAUUCAUCGGAUAAUGAUAUAGGACAAUCAGCAUCUGUUGAAGGAGACAGAGAUUUUAUUGAAAAUGUAAAGGAUAUAUCAACAAAGACUGCUGUUUCUGAUAGUGAAGGAGCUGAUUCACAAUUUCAAAUUGAAUUAGAAACUAGCUUUUCAUGUUUAUCACAAUGUACACAUAAACAGUGUUCUUCCUUUCAAUUUGACAUAUUGCCUUCACUUAAAUCUUUGCUUGAAUUCUUUUCAGAUUUAGGUGAUGUUCAAAUGUGUGCAACGAUUUGUAUGGUUUUUGGACAGAAAAUUGUUGAUUAUAAAUUAGUUACUCCAAGUCAAAUUCUCGAAAGGCUGAGUUUGUGGCGUGUUUCAGCAUUUUUCGUCAAAAAGUGUUACCGUGCGAGAAUUAACCAAUUAAGCAAUGAAAGUACAUUUGUCAAAAUUUGGUGUCCCCAUUGUCGGAGUACAUCAACACGUGCAAGUAUGCGAUGUUUGAAAUGCAGGCAUUUCUACAACUAUACUUGUACUAUUUGUGAGACAAAUGUUCGUGGUAUUUGGUCGAGCUGUGCAGAAUGUGGUCAUGGGGGUCAUUUGCUUCACAUGGAAGAGUGGUUUAGCCAGUCAGAAUUUUGUCCUGUUGUGGGGUGCGGACAUGUUUGUACAAAAACAAUAAAAGAAAGGAAUAAAUAA